AUGGAUAAAGACGAAUUGAAAACAUUCCUUACUAUUCACAUCAGGGAAGGUGCAUGGCAGGUGGUGCUGCUGUUUAUGGAUGAGCUACCCGGAUUUAAACUACCAUGGGACUGGUAUCGAGAGGACGAGGACGAGGACGAAGAGAUGUUUCGUACACCGUUGUAUAGUUCGACGUCAGGCAUAUUGAAGGCGUGGCCAACAGAGUACGACCCUGAUUUGAUAACACUGUGUAAAGCGAUCACCAACAGGGACUGGAAAGUAACCAGAUUAAUCAUCUCUAGCAGUCGGAUAUCUGAUGAAGGUUUGAAGAAAUUGAGUACAGCGCUUACUCAGAGUGAACUUUACAGCUUGACACUGGAUAGCAUUGGUUUACAAAGUCAAGGAUUAGAACACCUGUGUGAAGCGCUGAUCAGUAGUGACUGCAAUUUAAGCAGCUUAAACGUCAAUUGGAAUGUUUUUGGAGAAGUAGAAAUAAUGCUCUUGUGUAACGCGCUAACCAGCGUUAACUGUUCAUUAACCAGCUUAAACGUCGGUUGGAAUCAGUUGGGAGACGUAGGAAUAAUGCCCUUGUGUCACGCGCUAACCAGCGUUAACUGUUCAUUAACCAGCUUAAACGUCAGUGGCAAUCGUUUAGGAGACGAAGGAAUCAAGCACUUGUGUAACGCACUAACCAGCGUUAACUUUACAUUGACUUGCCUAAACGUCAGUUGGAAUCGGUUUGGAGACGUGGGAAUAAUGCACUUGUGUAACGUCCUUUCCAGCGUUAAUUGUACAUUAACCAGCUUGAACGUCAGUAAUAAUGGUUUAGCAGACGAAGGAACGAUGUACUUGUGUAACGCGCUAACCAGCUUUAAAUGUAGAUUAACCAACUUAAACGUCAGUGACAAUUGGUUAGGAGACAAAGAAAUCAUGCACUUGUGUGACGCACUAACCAGCGUCAACUGCACAUUAACCAGCUUAAACGUCAGUGACAAUGGGUUAGGAGACAAUGAAAUCAUGCACUUGUGUGUGACGCACUAACCAGCGUCAACUGCACAUUAACCAGCUUAAACGUUAGUGACAAUGGUUUAGGAGACCAAGGAAUUAUGCACUUUGUAAAGCCAUAACUGAUACCAACUGCAAACUACAGAGCUUAAACCUGCGAGGAAAUCGGAAUAUAACAGACGCAGGCAAACAGUGUUUGUUCGAAGCGAUAACUGGCACUGACUGGGAAGUCAGAAAAGGCUGGAUACUUUGCCGUUCCAUUAAGUCAGAGGCAUAA